UUACUGAAGCGAAGCUCGUCGAUUGUUGUACAAAAAUGUCGCAGGAACUCUCCGGUGUAACCAUAGUGAUAUUCAUAGCAGCAGGCGUUUUGACGAUAUUAUUACUAUUCAUUUUCGCAAAACGUCAAAUCAUGAGGUUCGCCCUGAGAUCCCGUCGAGGUCCUCAUAUUCCUAUAGGACACGAUGCGAAAAAGUCUUUAAAGAAGGAAAUAGAAAGGAGAAUAGAGGUAAUACCUAGAAUCCAGUACGAACCACAACUCAUCAGUGAUCCUAGAUAUAUUCUGACUUCAGGAGGUCAAGCUCCACCACAUUAUUACAGACUGAAAGCAGUUGACGAUGUAAAAAGUUUAGAGUCAGAGAUUACAAAGUACGACAGCUGUCUGAAAAGACAUCCUUCUGAAAAUCUCAGAGCGUAUCUACUCACCACACUUGCCACACCGUUAAAUGGAAGUGGCCAGCGUUUAAUUCACCAGUUCUGUGAUCUCUAUGAGCAUGCAAGACAUGAUCCUACUGAAUUUGGUGACGAAGAAUACCAAGUAUACACACGUUUGUUCCUCAAGUUAAUGGAUGCGGCACGUUUGUUAAAGUCGUACCCGAACAGCAGGAAGUCCAGUCCUAGUCGUACACCAAUCAAGAAGAGCAUCGAGACAAAAAGAAAUAUCCUGGAGCCUAGGAUGCGUCCACCUGAGGAACAGAUCCUGACUGGUUCGAGACCCAACACUUUAACAGUAAUGACGUUAGACAACAGCGAGACAUCCGUGUAGCAUUAUGAGUGUCGUCACAUGUAACAUAUGUGACGAGAAAAUUGUAGAUAGGUAUGACACAUAUUGAGGUAAUACGUAUGGAAACUAUGUGUGAAGAAUGAUGAAAAAUAGUUUAGCUAGGGAUCGUUAUAUAAUAUGCAUUUUCACUUUUACAACAAGCGCACCUGUGCUCGCUACUUUAUUCAAUAUGAGUAUUAUCGUACAUAACAUAUAUUUUAUAGAGAAAAUGAACGAAUACGAGUUUCUUCCGAUUUCUUGAAAAUUUAUAUUUAUAUUAUGUUAUAUCUAUACAAAUCGGAGAGCCUUAUAAAGUAGCGUUUUCGUAUUCUUUACAUCGACAUUGCGCUUGUAAAAUAUUUUAAAAAGUACUGAUGUAUAUAAACAAAAGAGCACAGUAAUUAUCGAAUUAAGAAGUUAUUAGUAGAUUUUUUAAAACAUUAUUUUAUCGUCUUUAUGUACUUGGCGUCGCGACGCUACCGCGUCGCUUGAUUAUCGCUUGUGAUUCUCUGUAUGGUAACAACUAAGCCGGUAAUUACUAAUCGCGAUUAACUGAAAUUUUCUUCUUCUCUUCCGUGUGAUUGACUCUUAGUCCAAUAUAGCAUACAUAUAUAUACGCUCGAUCGCAUAAAUCUACAUAUCUUUAACGCAAAAUUCAGGAAAACAUUCAAACCAACAGAAAGAUAGAAAGUUUUCACGUUUUUUGAAUGUUUAUCUUUUGACUGUGACGGUUGGGUUAUCUUUUUCUACACGUUAUAUAUUGUUGAAAAAUAUAAUACAUAAUAUAUUGAACAUAGAAAAAUUUAUAACAAUUAAACGAAUUGAGCAUUAAUUAACACAAUAAGGAUAUACGGACCUAAGUGUAUAUAUAUGCCUAUCAAGGCUUGAUAUAAUUAUUAUUUUGUUAGUGAUUAAUAGAAGAACGUAGAUGUUUGAUUAGGGGAUGUCGGAUAUGUCCAUAAUUUUCCAUUGCAGUUCUAUCUAGGAGGAUUUAAUAUUCUUAAUCGAGUACAAGGCUGAAUAAUGCGAAAAAAAAGAAGUUAAUUCACUGAACGUAUAAUCUUCCCUUUUUUUUAUACAAAAAUAUCUCUUGUAAAUACAUUUAGUUAUACAUAUGUAUAGUUAUGUUGGGAUGCAAGUUUUAAUGGACAGAUAAUUUGUCCAUUGUAAGAUAUAGUCUUUUUCAUGCCUUAAUAAGAUUAACGCGCUUUGAAACGCAAGUCUAUACACAUCAGGUACGGAACUGAUCCUCAUGUGAUUCAGCCAAUUCAUGAUCUAAAAAAAGAAUUAAUACAAUUAACAAUCUGUACUUAUGUUGAUGGAUGUGUAUCGUUAGUUUCGCAACGAAGACAAAACUUCUUCGCAAUUUCAAUUUUACGACAUGAUUACAUUUUUAGUUGUUAAGAACAUGUGAGAUUAAGUAUAAGUAGCUUUGUAAAAAAAAAAAAAAAUAUAUAUAUAUAUAUAAGAUAUUUUUAGUUGAACAAAA